AAUGAAUCAGAUUCGGUGUAUCUCGACGUGCACCAUCCGACCAACAAGCCAUAAAGAUCAGCUACCAGCUCAGAGAAUUGAGCUAACUCCAUGGGACCUGCGGCUCAUCCAACUUGAUUACAUCCAAAAGGGACUUCUCUUCCACAAACCAGCGGAGAAAGAAGCAAACCAGAGUUUGAUACAACACCUAAAAGCCUCUCUUUCCCACACCUUGAACAUCUUCUACCCACUUGCCGGCCGCCUAGCCGUGACUGAAAACGAAGAUAACACCACUUGUUUUUCCAUUAACUGUAAUGGAGAUGGAGCCUUGUUCGUCCAUGCAGCUGCCGAUCGGGUCGAAGUGUCUGAUAUCCUAGACUCUCUUUAUGUCCCUGCUGACAUUGUCUGUAAUCUCUUUUCCCUCAAUGAGGUCCCGAACUUCGAAGGCAUUUCCAAACCAUUGCUUGCAGUACAAGUGACUGAGCUAUUUGAUGGCUUCUUUAUUGGUUGCAGCAUAAACCACAUGGUUGUGGACGGUACCUCUUUUUGGCAUUUCUUUAACACUUGGUCUGAAAUUUCUCGUAUUGGCUUUGAUAAAAUUUCUCAACCUUGCCCUAUUUUUGGCCGUCGUGAGUAUCAUGACCUCUUGAUUGAUCUCCCAAUUCACCUACCCAUGUCCUACGAUGAAAUCAAACGUAAGCAUCUUAUAAUCGGACCGUCCUCCUAUUCGUUACAAACUGUAGUAUUUCAUUUUCCCAAAGAAAAACUAGCAGAGCUCAAAGCAAAGGCCAAUGCUGAAAUGGUCAACAAUAACAUCUCAACUCUUCAAGCACUCAUGGCUCAUCUUUGGCGAGCCACAACGCGUUGCAGACAUCUCAAUCCAAAUCAAGAGGUUACUUAUCUAAUUGCGGUAGGAUUGAGGCAAAAGUUGAAGCCACCAUUGCCAAAAGAAUACUUUGGAAAUGGGGUCCUAGGCGUUAAUGUAAAAUCCAGUGCAAGUGAGCUGCUACACCAUGGACUAGGCUGGGCCGCUUCGCAAAUAAACAAAACAAUCGCUUCCCUGACAGCUGAAGAAGCGAGGAAGUACUUGCAGGGUUGGGAAAAAACCCCUACAUUUCUUCCAAAGUUCAGCGAUCCAAAAAUGGUGGGAUUGCUCACAGGAAGUUCGCCGAGGUUCAAUGUGUAUGGCAAUGAUUUCGGGUGGGGGAGACCGGUUGCGGUGCGAAGCGGAGCUGCCAACAACAUGGAUGGGAAGUUGACUGUGUUUCCUGGGGCUGAAGAAGGCAGUGUAGAUUUUGAAGCUUGCCUUUUGCCUGAGACUAUACAAGCUAUGUUGGACGAUGCAGAGUUCAUGGAGGCUGCAGCGCUGGGAUGAUUAAACUCUUUGCAAGUUUUUCAAUUUGCGUAACCCAAAACAA